AUGUUGUCAUCUCCUUCCACCACCUCCCUGUCUGCCUCCGUGAGUCCAGCUACAUCUCACAAAGUGACUUCUGACCCCCAUGACAUCACCAUGGAAACCUAUUGGAGAGAAGUGGAGAGCAUUGAGGAGGAGAGGGAGGGAGAAGAAGAGGAAGAGGAGGGUGAUGAGAGGAAGAGCAUGGAUGAAGUGGAGUUGGAGGAGGCGUGGCUGUUGGGGGCAGGAUUGUCCUCCCUAGUGACAGGCUCUGCAGAGACAUCACGGCCAACAGCUGAGGCGGUGCUGUCCACGCUCACACGCCAGCAAGCUGCCACGGUGAGACAGAGACUGGACAACUACAACGCCACACUGAGGAAAAUAAACCGGCAACCAGCCAGAGACGUGCGGGACAUCUUUACUGAACCUGAUGAGGACUCGGCAGACCAACACCCCCCAUCUCCCCCAUAUCAAGUUGAGUCACCUCCAAGUCGAUACCACACCACCACCAAGACCAUACGCCGUACAGCAAACAAAGUGCGUCCAACUCUUCCCAUGUUAGUCUGUGAGGAUGAGCUACCUGAACACUCCAGCUCUGCCCCACCCACUCCCACACCUCCUCACACUCCCUCACUGUCAGUGAGUCAGCUGAGACCAGCUGAUUGGCUGUUGUGGGACACUCCAUACUCUGAGGGAGUGGCUGAACACAAACUGAUUGGGACAUGUAGUAACUGUGUACAUUUCCAUGGAGAUGAGACAAGUGACCUACAGUUUGUACCCGUCUCUUCAUCACAGGGUCUUACCUGUACGGAUGAUUUAUCAUCACAUGAUCUGACACGGCUCGGCUUCAUCUCUCACAUUGAACUCUCCACCCUCUUGCUGAGUUUGGGUAUCCAAACCAAAUGUACUCGGCCACAACGCAGCAGGGCCCGAGACAGUGGCGUCUUUGGCGUGUCGUUGAACUCUCUGUUGGAGAACGACAGGAAGAAGUUUCCAGAAGUCAAAGUUCCAGUCGUCUUCCAAAAACUGUUGUGUAUCUUAGAGCAGUGUGGUCUGCAGACCGAGGGGAUUCUCCGAGUGUCCGGGUCAGCGGCUAGACUAAAGAACCUGCGGCAGGAGUUGGACCGCAGCUGCAGCACUUUCGACUGGUCUGCAGUGCGACAGGUGGACGCCGCCGGUCUGCUGAAGCUGUUCAUCAGAGAGCUACCAACACCUCUGCUUACACACACACACAUGUCCACGUUCCAUGCAGUGCUCAGUGUGUCUUCUGUAGUCCAUCAGCUUCAGGUCCUGCAGCUGCUCCUGUUGUUGCUUCCUGAGGCCAACAGAGACACCUUAAGAGCCCUACUGGUCUUCCUCCAUAAGGUGGUGUCUCAUCAGGACCAGAACCGGAUGUCUCUGUGGAAUGUCUCCAUGGUGAUGGCUCCUAACCUUUUUGUCCAUUGUAACCGUGGAAACAAACCUUCCAUCACCAAGCAACGUGAGGAGAUGGAGAAAGCUGUGGGUGGAGCUCACCUGAUUAGACUGAUGAUCAAAAACCAAGACCUGCUCUGGACUGUCCCCACCUUCCUACUGUCCCAGUUGAGACAGAUGAACCUAGCAUCCAUACAGAAACCUUUCAACUUGAGCAGAACAACGUCCCGCCUGCUGAGGAAGAAAAACAAGAAUGACAGGAAUCAGCUUACAGAACUGUGUGAAGGUGUCAUCAGAGUACACGCCCCCUUAAACACAAAAGUUUCCAUGGCGAUACAACUUGAUGAACAGACAACAGCCAAAGACAUCACAUCUCGUUUUCAGCCUGAGAUCAGUCCUGCUUCACAGCAUCUUUAUGAAGUUGGAGGAAACAUCUGUGCACGUCGUCUUCACCCAGACUGCUGUUUGUUGGAUGUGUACAGAGUUAAUCCUCACUGUGAUUGGCUGAUCAAACCAUGACUUCCUUUUUUGUUUUGACUGUUGUUUGAACAUGUUCCAAUAAAAC